AUGUCUGUCUCCAGUGGGUAUGUAUUUGGUAUGCAUGUUGGUCUAAGCCCUAGUCCGCAUCACUCUGCUCAAAUCCUAGAGACCUGUGUUUUUAGGGUUCAUGGGCCUCGUGGAGGGGAUGUUUCUAGAAGAUGGAGUGCAAUGUUCAAGAAUACCAGAGAUGAGGGGUUAAAUUUGUCUAGUGAGGAUGUCUCUGGUCAGGUUGAUGGGAGUAAUGGAUUGGAUAAGGGAGAAAAGAUUCAGAUUACUGAUGAGGAUGUUGAUCCGGAAAUACUAUACUGGAGCUUGGCCAUAAUCUUCUAUGCCCUUGGUGCCAGGAUCCCUUAUUUUGUUAUGAAUGGAUUUAUUCGAAGGGUUUGGGGGAGAUUUGGAAUAGACAAAGUUAAUCUGCUUUCGAAUGGAGUUUAUCUGGUUCGGUUUCGAGGUAAGGAAAACAUGGAGAAGGUUCUGUCUGGAGGCCCUGUUAUGUUUGAUAAUAGGCCUGUGAUCAUGAAGAGAUGGGAGCCAGGCAUAAAUUUAGAGAAGGAAGGAAUUAAGGAGGUGCCUAUCUGGGUUAGAUUACCUGGAUUAAAUUUGAAGUUUUGGGGGCAGACUUCUCUAAUGAAGAUAGGGAAGUUGAUUGGGAGGCCAGUGAAAACUGAUAAGAUCACAGCAAAUAAAGAGAAAUUAGAAUAUGCUAGGCUUAUGGUGGAAGUGCCUGUUGAUGGAGAGUUUUCUGCUGAAAUUGACUUUCUAGAUGAGAAAGGAGUUACUGUUAACCAGAAAGUCAGCUAUGAAUGGAAGCCAAUUAACUGUAAUAAGUGCAAAGGGAUGGGUCAUGAUGAAGGAAACUGCCCUAAUCUGUGGACAAGGAAACAGAAUAGAAGGCGGGAGACUAUGAACAGAGAAACAGUUAGGAAAGUUUGGAAACCAGUGCAAGUGAGGCAAUAG